CAAACCAAGUUUGGACAUUCUCUCAUUCAGUUCACCAAAAGUUUUGGUGACGCGUGCACAACAAUUAUCUCAUUGCUGAAGUUUUAUCAUUUAUUUGUAGAGCGCAGACAAUUUGUAAUUGUUUGAAAACACUUUUCUUACAGUCAGUGUUAGUUGGUUAACUGUUUUGUUAGUGGGUGCAAGUCGUUUAGUUAUAUUACAUAUUAUCAUUUAUUCAAGAAGAGGACGAGGAGGAGAGUCAAAAAGUGCAUGGCUGUCGGCAAAUCGUAACUGUACCUCCAAAAAGUCGCUCGUGUGUGCAUAUUGGAGUCUUGGAGUUGGACUAAACUGCUCAUCGUCGGUCGGUACGCGUUCCUCCACGAUCUAUUUUUAACCGGUUCAACCCAAGUUCAAGACAAUAAGAGACCCCCUCUUCUCAUCAUGGCCUCCGGAGUCACUGUUUCGGACAUUUGCAAAACCACUUAUGAGGAGAUAAAGAAGGAUAAAAAGCAUCGUUAUGUCGUCUUCUUCAUCAAAGAUGAAAAGCAAAUUGAUGUAGAAACCAUAGGUAACCGGGAUGCGGCAUACGACCAAUUCUUGGAAGAUCUUCAGAAGGAAGGUGGUGGCGAGUGCCGAUAUGGACUGUUCGACUUUGAGUACACGCACCAGUGUCAAGGAACCUCUGAGGCUUCCAAAAAACAAAAGCUGUUCCUUAUGUUAUGGUGUCCUGAUACGGCUAAAGUUAAGAAGAAGAUGUUGUACUCUUCCAGUUUUGAUGCACUUAAGAAGUCUUUAGUCGGUGUACAAAAGUAUAUCCAGGCUACGGAUGCUUCGGAAGCAGCUAUGGAUGCCGUUGAAGAAAAACUACGAGCCACUGAUCGGAAUUAAAUAUUUUGGCAAUCCCAGCCUCUGAUCGAAAUUGAACUCAAAAUUUCAACCUGACUUUACUAUUUCUUACAAUUGUAUCUACCUUUGGUAUAAGAACUACUUUGUAUGGGAGCAUGAUGAGAUAAUAUAGUUAUAGUUGAAAAUGGGUUAGUUAGACUCGCCUAUUGAAAAUUUUACUAUUUAAUGAAAAAUUGUGAAAAUUGGGUGAGGUUAAGAUAUAAUUACUUUUGUCGUAUUAUUAAAUGUCUGCUUUUCGUAUCUGAUUCUACUAAUUAAACAAAAAUUGAAAAUUGCAACUAAUAUCUAAUAAAUUUGGUAUUUUGUUGAAGGAAUUAAA